ACCCGUGAAUAGACAGCACAGAGAGGACAGAAAGGAGAGACAUAUACAAGAUAGCGUGAGAGACGAGUGAAUCUCGUGCCCACUGUUUUACUUGCAUGUCUCACUUCUCUGAAGAACAUCAUGAAGAACAUCACAGCAUCCACAGACAACUAUUGGGUAAGUGAUAAUUAUGACUACGAAAACAGUUCUUUCAAUGGAGACGAUGUCCAUGGUGAUGCCGUUGCUGCCCCCUGCAGUCUGAAGGAAACAUGGGAGUUUCUUGGUCGCUUUGCCCCUAUAGCUUACAUCCUAGUUUUUAUCCUGGCGCUAGUUGGUAACGUUCUAGUGCUGUGUGUGAUCCGCCGCUAUCGGCAGUCUCGACACAGUCCCUGCUCCUUCUCACUGACAGACACCUUCCUGCUCCAUUUAGCCAUCUCUGACCUCCUUCUGGCUGUCACGUUGCCAUUUUUCGCUGUCGAGUGGAUCAACGGAUGGGUGUUUGGCGUGUUCAUGUGUAAAUUAGCUGGAACGGUGUUCUCGCUGAAUGUCUAUUGUGGCGUGCUAUUCCUGGCCUGCAUCAGCUUUGACCGAUACUUGGCCAUCGUACAUGCCAUCAAUAUCAGCUGGAGACGCAAGACCUGCCACGCUCAGCUGGCCUGCGCCAUCAUCUGGGUCGUCUGCUUUGGAUUGGCCAUGGUGGACAUGCUCUACCGGGAAGUGGUGGAAAUAUAUGGAAUGAAUAGGUGGAUGUGCCAGAUAGUGUAUUCACAAGAGAGCUUCCAGCAAUGGCAGAUCGGCAUGCAGCUGGUUAGCUUGAUUCUUGGAUUCGUAAUUCCCCUACUGGUCAUGCUGUAUUGCUACCUUCGCAUUUUCAAAGCACUGUGUCACGCCACGCGCAGGCAGAAACGGCGCUCUCUGAGGCUCAUCGUCUCAUUGGUUAUUGUGUUUGUGGUCAGUUGGGCACCUUAUAAUGCCCUGCGGCUUACCGACAGCCUGCAGACGCUCGGGGUCAUUGCGAAAAGCUGUGGGCUGAACAAGGUGCUGGAUGUGGGCAUUCUGGUGACUGAAAGCCUGGGGCUGGCACAUUGCGCUUUAAAUCCACUACUCUACGGCCUUGUGGGGGUAAAGUUCCGUCGUGAGCUCGCCCAUAUGUGCAAGGCUGCUUUAGGACCCCAGGGCUGCCUCGGAUUAGCAGGAUGGGCAAACGGUCGGGGGUCAACCAACCGCAGGCCUACUGGAUCAUUCAGCUCAGUUGACAGUGAGAAUACCUCGUACUUCUCUGUCAUGGCCUGAAAAGAGAGCAAGUGACAUUAACAAGAGAAGAAGUGAUGGUUGUUUUUAUUUGGAAUUGGAAAGGAACCCCGAUUUCAGUUUGUAUAGUCUGAGUGAUAUUAAAACCGAACCUUUCCAUGUUCUCAUUUUUAAAAGCAUUGCAUUGUCUAAUACAUCAGCACGUUUAUUUUAAAAUCCAUUUGAUUUAGGAGACUUUGUCAUACAUUUUUUACAAAAUUUUGUUACAUCAGCAAAUCUGCUUUUUUUUUCCUGGUGGUUGUAAAAAUGACAGUGAAUCAUCCCGAGUUGUCUGGGUUUAGUGUUACAAAAAAGGAACUGAAAACAUGUUUUCAGACUCCAUAUCCUCUUUCUUUAUUUUUCUUUCUUUAUAAAUACUCUUAACAUGUAAUACUGUAACAUCAAAUUGAGCUUUGUUUAUGUUUUUAUUAAUCUGUUUUUUGAGAUUUAAGAAGAGGAACAUCAUGACAGGAUGUCUUGUCCUAAUGUAAUUUUUGUAAAACGUUUUUAUUGGUAUUUUUGUACUGUGCUGCCUCCUCUGAUAAAGUGUAGGUUCCAUUAAAAUUGUAAUAAAGAUUAUGUGACUCACUUCC